GCCAGAGGGUUGCUUUGAGUUUCGCGCGGACUAUACCUUCUGCCGGCUGAGCCCUGUCGACUACGCCACUGUUGCGCACAGCAACACUGUUCGUAAAAAUUGAGCGAGAGAGAGAGAGAGAGCACAAAAUAAUCAAACACAUGUCUGUGUGCUUGUGUGCAAACGAAAUAAAAACAAGCAGCGGCAGCAACCGACGAGAACAACCGCAAUUUGCAGUAGCAGCAACAUCACGGGAAUAAAGAGAAAAUAGGAAAGAUAACUAAAAGCAGGGCCAAAGGCGAUUUAUAGAAAUUAAUAAUUGCACGCAGACGCUGUCAAGUCGUAUGAAAAUUAGAAACUCAAAAUGAAUUCGCGACGUAGAGCUAGAGCCGGAAGUAGGAAACACUCCUACGCAUCUGCUGCAGGAGGCAAACAAAUGACGCCCGAAAUCUACGAAAUGAAUGUAAAGAUCUGUCGCCUGGUGGAACGAUAUCCUUGUAUGUACGAUCGCAGUGAUCCCAAUUAUAUGAAAAAAGCGACGAUUGAGUCCGCCUGGGAGGAAAUUGGAAAAGAAAUGCACGACGCGGUGCCGUCGUGCAAGGAGCGUUGGCGCAACAUACGGAGUAGUUAUGCGCGGUCGAUCAAUGUGAACCGCCUCACCAUCCACAACCGCAUCACACCGUAUUAUCUGAGCGAGGAGCUAAAGUUCCUCUCCCGUCAUAUCACCCCCGGUAUUCCUAUUCCCACCCGCGCACAGCGUUCGAAUCAAACGUCGGGCGACGAUGGUGCUGGCCAUAGGUUAAAUAAUCCCAAAAAGCGGCAUUCGCGUAAUUUGAGGCGCACGAAUUGUGAAAAUGCUCCUGAAUUAGAUGAUAGCUCAUUCUACUCCGGGGCCUCGAAUCUGGAAGAAGAGGGUUCAGAAGACGGGCAAGAUGAACGGAAGCCGGUGCAAGGGCUUCCAAGCCAAUCGCAACGCAGCAAGAGCGAGAAUAGCGCCGUCGAGACCCUGCCUAAGAAACGAAAAUUCCCAGGAACCUCAGAUAAUGAAGUCAAAGCGGAUAAUAUCGGAUCGGAACCAUCAUCCACACCAUUGGCGAUGGAUUGCGAUGAGGCAUUCUUACGGGGUGUUCUACCAGAAAUGAGACACAUGAGUUUCCAUCAAAAAUUGUUCUUCAAACGCCGCGUGUAUGAGCUCAUAGGGGAGAUCUUUCCGGAGAGCGAGGACGUGCAACCAUCUAUAAAUGGCGAGACCAGUUCUACCCAGCAUGAUGAUGAAAAACCGCCAGAAAUAGCCAUGACCUCUCAGCCUCCAUUGCAACAUUUAGGUUUGGUUACUCGUUCCUAUCUUCAGCUUCCAGCCUUGCGUAAAAGACCUUCCAAAGAUUAGAGUGAAUGCCACAGCAUUUCAAUACAGUAUCGGUUGAGAAUGGAGACCAUCGACAUUCCAACAAGUUAAUGUACAGUGUUUUAAUGUACUAUAAUUAUAUAAAUAAAACCUUCUUUUAAUGUUUACACAA